AUGCGCAACCCAUUCAAGAAGAACGACGAGAACGUGCGCCCGCCACCCACGGUCAAUGGCACGAACGAGGCGCCGAGCACUAGCAGUGUCAACAAGGUCGAUGUCAACGGCGAGAAGCAGCCCGUCGAGUACAAAUUGAGUGAGAUCAACGACUCUGGCGUGUACUUGCCCCCGUCGCCUACUGAGAAGAAGAACUUCUGGGGGACGACAGCGUCGCGAUCGACUACGUCUUCGUCGUUACAUCGAUGCGCAUUCGACGAGAAUGAACAGUUCAACAUCUCACGCGAAUCGUUUGACUCGUACCGGAGGUCAUUCGACAUUUCAGCUCGAUCACCUAUAAUUCAACCAUUGGAGGGGCGUCCUCGGGCGUCGCUCGACAGCAGGACCUUUCAAUCGCCACCGCGGAACUCGAACUCCUACCACCGCCCGCUUCAAGUCCCUCACACACAAGAGGAAGAUAAGUUUGAAGAUGUGAACAUUGACGACCCCAAGCCUCAGCCACAGAAGAAGCGCGGCAUCUUUGCGCGCAUGUUGGACAGCGAUGACCAUACAGAGACGAAUGGCCGGCCGCAAUCGAGUCAAGAGAAGACGGGGGUAUGGAACACAAUUACGGGUCGCAAACGAGGACAGAGUGGACAGGGUUCAGAAUUGGGCGCGAUCCCUAAGCGUGAGGCGACACCGAAGCCUGAAAACGUACGACCAGAGGCCACCGCAAAGCCAGAGACAGUGAAGGAGGAGGAGCCGGUACAAGUCAAGGCCGUUCAGCCGGACAACGGGACGGUCGCAAAGCCUGAGCCGAAGGAUGUACCGCAAACGAAAAUACAACAGAAUGGAGACGUCGCAAAGGCGCCAAAACCGGAGAACACUCAGGCGCCAGAGGUCAAGGUCGAUUCUUGA